AUGGACAGCAUAAAAGAAGCUAUGACAGCUAUCUCCAUAGGUAUAGCGGUCGCCGAGUUCCUUCGCAAAACUGGUCGCGUCUUGCAAGCCAUCGAGGUGUACAGGGAAAGUUUGAUCAUAUUACACACUCAGGCGCAGGCUAUUGAUAGUUCAUUGGCAAACUUUACGUUCCGAGCCAUCUACAAAAAAAUAAUUUGUGCUUACGUUUACAUAAAGGAUUACACAAGUACAGAAAAAUACAUCAGGGAACUCCUCCUAUACCUAGACAAUAAUGAGACCGCUGAAAAAGGAUGGUUACAUUUAAACCUGGCAAAAAUACUUCAGGUACAGAGCAAAUUUUUGGAGGCUUGGAAAUUUUACGAAUCAGCAAUCAACAUCAUGACAACGAUUGGAAACACACAUGGCCAGGCACUAUGCUACUCAAAGCUCGGAUUAAUGUUCCGAUCACUCGGUCAACAUGACAAGGCCCGAGAAUAUCAGGAGAAAGCACUCGCUAUCAGAAUAGAAAUUGGUGACAGACAGGGACAGGCAACAAGCUACGGAAACCUAGGAACUUUGUUCCGAUCACUCGGUCAAUAUGACAAGGCCCGAGAAUAUCAGGAGAAAGCACUCGCUAUCAGAAUAGAAAUUGGUGACAGACAGGGAGAAGCAACAAGCUACGGAAACCUAGGAACUUUGUUCCAAUCACUCGGUCAAUAUGACAAGGCCCGAGAAUAUCAGGAGAAAGCACUCGCUAUCACAAUAGAAAUUGGUGACAGAGAGGGAAAAGCAACAAGCUACGGAAAUCUAGGAACUUUGUCCGAAUCACUCGGUCAAUAUGACAAGGCCCGAGAAUAUGAGGAGAAAGCACUCGCUAUCAGAAUAGAAAUUGGUGACAGAGAGGGAGAAGCAACAAGCUACGGAAACCUAGGAACUUUGUUCCAAUCACUCGGUCAAUAUGACAAGGCCCGAGAAUAUCAGGAGAAAGCACUCGCUAUCAGAAUAGAAAUUGGUGACAGACAGAGAGAAGCAACAAGCUACGGAAACCUAGGAACUUUGUUCCAAUCACUCGGUCAAUAUGACAAGGCCCGAAAAUAUGAGGAGAAAGCACUCACUAUCAAAAUAGAAAUUGGUGACAGAGAGGGAGAAGCAACAAGCUACGGAAACCUAGGAACUUUGUUCCAAUCACUCGGUCAAUAUGACAAGGCCCGAGAAUAUCAGGAGAAAGCACUCGCUAUCAGAAUAGAAAUUGAUGACAGACAGGGAGAAGCAACAAGCUACGGAAACCUAGGAACUUUGUUCCAAUCACUCGGUCAAUAUGACAAGGCCCGAAAAUAUGAGGAGAAAGCACUCGCUAUCAGAAUAGAAAUUGGUGACAGACAGGGAGAAGCAACAAGCUACGGAAACCUAGGAACUUUGUUCCAAUCACUCGGUCAAUAUGGCAAGGCCCGAGAAUAUGAGGAGAAAGCACUCGCUAUCAGAAUAGAAAUUGGUGACAGACAGGGAGAAGCAACAAGCUACGGAAACCUUGGAACUUUGUUCCAAUCACUCGGUCAAUAUGACAAGGCCCGAGAAUAUCAGGAGAAAGCACUCGCUAUCAGAAUAGAAAUUGGUGACAGACAGGGAGAAGCAACAAGCUACGGAAACCUAGGAACUUUGUUCCAAUCACUCGGUCAAUAUGGCAAGGCCCGAGAAUAUGAGGAGAAAGCACUCGCUAUCAGAAUAGAAAUUGGUGACAGACAGGGAGAAGCAACAAGCUACGGAAACCUAAGAACUUUGUUCCAAUCACUCGGUCAAUAUGACAAGGCCCGAGAAUAUCAGUUGAAAGCACUCGCUAUCAAAAUAGAAAUUGGUGACAGAGAGAAGAAGCAACAAGUUACGGAAACCUAGCAGCUUUGUUCCUAUCACUCGGUCAAUAUGACAAGGCCCGAGAAUAUCAGGAGGAAGUACUCGCUAUCACAAUAGAAAUUGGUGACAGAGAGGGAGAAGCAACAAGCUACGGAAACCUAGGAACUUUGUUCCAAUCACUUGGUCAAUAUGACAAGGCCCGAGAAUAUCAGGAGAAAGCAUUCGCUAUCAGAAUAGAAAUUGGUGACAGAGAGGGAGAAGCAACAAGCUACGGAAACCUAGGAACUUUGUUCCAAUCACUCGGUCAAUAUGACAAGGCCCGAGAAUAUCAGGAGAAAGCACUCGCUAUCAGAAUAGAAAUUGGUGACAGAGAGGGAGCAGCAACAAGCUACGGAAACCUAGGAACUUUGUUCCAAUCACUCGGUCAAUAUGACAAGGCCCGAGAAUAUCAGGAGAAAGCACUCGCUAUCAGAAUAGAAAUUGGUGACAGACAGGGAGAAGCAACAAGCUACGGAAACCUAGGAACUUUGUUCCAAUCACUCGGUCAAUAUGACAAGGCCCGAAAAUAUGAGGAGAAAGCACUCGCUAUCAAAAUAGAAAUUGGUGACAGACAGGGAGAAGCAACAAGCUACGGAAACCUAGGAACUUUGUUCCAAUCACUCGGUCAAUAUGACAAGGCCCGAGAAUAUGAGGAGAAAGCACUCGCUAUCAGAAUAGAAAUUGGUGACAGACAGGGAGAAGCAACAAGCUACGGAAACCUAGGAACUUUGUUCCAAUCAACGAGAAUAUCAGGAGAAAGGUCAGAAUAGAAAUGACAAGGCCUUUUGAGAAUAUGAGGAGAAAGCACUCGCUAUCAGAAUAGAAAUUGGUGACAGACAGGGAGAAGCAACAAGCUACGGAAACCUAGGAACUUUGUUCCAAUCACUCGGUCAAUAUGACAAGGCCCGAGAAUAUCAGGAGAAAGCACUCGCUAUCAGAAUAGAAAUUGGUGACAGACAGGGAGAAGCAACAAGCUACGGAAACCUAGGAACUUUGUUCCAAUCACUCGGUCAAUAUGACAAGGCCCGAGAAUAUCAGGAGAAAGCACUCGCUAUCAAAAUAGAAAUUGGUGACAGAGAGGGAGAAGCAACAAGCUACGGAAACCUAGGAACUUUGUUCCAAUCACUCGGUCAAUAUGACAAGGCCCGAGAAUAUGAGGAGAAAGCACUCGCUAUCAGAAUAGAAAUUGGUGACAGACAGGGAGAAGCAAGAAGCUACGGAAACCUAGGAACUUUGUUCCAAUCACUCGGUCAAUAUGACAAGGCCCGAGAAUAUCAGGAGAAAGCACUCGCUAUCAAAAUAGAAAUUGGUGACAGAGAGGGAGAAGCAACAAGCUACGGAAACCUAGGAACUUUGUUCCAAUCACUCGGUCAAUAUGACAAGGCCCGAGAAUAUCAGGAGAAAGCACUCGCUAUCACAAUAGAAAUUGGUGACAGACAGGGAGAAGCAACAAGCUACGGAAACCUAGGAACUUUGUUCCAAUUACUCGGUCAAUAUGACAAGGCCCGAGAAUAUCAGGAGAAAGCACUCGCUAUCAGAAUAGAAAUUGGUGACAGACAGGGAGAAGCAAGAAGCUACGGAAACCUAGGAACUUUGUUCCAAUCACUCGGUCAAUAUGACAAGGCCCGAGAAUAUCAGGAGAAAGCAUUCGCUAUCAGAAUAGAAAUUGGUGACAGAGAGGGAGAAGCAACAAGCUACGGAAACCUAGGAACUUUGUUCCAAUCACUCGGUCAAUAUGACAAGGCCCGAGAAUAUGAGGAGAAAGCACUCGCUAUCAAAAUAGAAAUUGGUGACAGGGAUGCAGAGGCAACAAGCUACGGAAACCUAGGAACUUUGUUCCGAUCACUCGGUCAAUAUGACAAGGCCCGAGAAUAUCAGGAGAAAGCACUCGCUAUCAGAAUAGAAAUUGGUGACAGACAGGGAGAAGCAACAAGCUACGGAAACCUUGGAACUUUGUUCCAAUCACUCGGUCAAUAUGACAAGGCCCGAGAAUAUGAGGAGAAAGCACUCGCUAUCAGAAUAGAAAUUGAUGACAGACAGGGAGAAGCAACAAGCUACGGAAACCUAGGAACUUUGUUCCAAUCACUCGGUCAAUAUGACAAGGCCCGAGAAUAUCAGUUGAAAGCACUCGCUAUCAAAAUGGAAAUUGGUGACAGAGAGGAAGAAGCAACAAGCUACGGAAACCUAGGAACUUUGUUCCAAUCACUCGGUCAAUAUGACAAGGCCCGAGAAUAUCAGGAGAAAGCACUCGCUAUCAGAAUAGAAAUUGGUGACAGACAGGGAGAAGCAACAAGCUACGGAAACCUAGGAACUUUGUUCCAAUCACUCGGUCAAUAUGACAAGGCCCGAGAAUAUGAGGAGAAAGCACUCGCUAUCAGAAUAGAAAUUGGUGACAGACAGGGAGAAGCAACAAGCUACGGAAACCUAGGAACUUUGUUCCAAUCACUCGGUCAAUAUGACAAGGCCCGAGAAUAUCAGGAGAAAGCACUCGCUAUCAGAAUAGAAAUUGGUGACAGACAGGGAGAAGCAACAAGCUACGGAAACCUUGGAACUUUGUUCCAAUCACUCGGUCAAUAUGACAAGGCCCGAGAAUAUGAGGAGAAAGCACUCGCUAUCAGAAUAGAAAUUGGUGACAGACAGGGAGAAGCAACAAGCUACGGAAACCUAGGAGCUUUGUUCGAAUCACUCGGUCAAUAUGACAAGGCCCGAGAAUAUCAGGAGAAAGCACUCGCUAUCAAAAUAGAAAUUGGUGACAGGGAUGCAGAGGCAACAAGCUACGGAAACCUAGGAACUUUGUUCCGAUCACUCGGUCAAUAUGACAAGGCCCGAGAAUAUCAGGAGAAAGCACUCGCUAUCAGAAUAGAAAUUGGUGACAGGGAUGGAGAAGCAACAAGCUACGGAAACCUAGGAACUUUGUUCCGAUCACUCGGUCAAUAUGACAAGGCCCGAGAAUAUCACGAGAAAGCACUCGCUAUCAAAAUAGGAAUUGGUGAUAGGCAUGGAGUAGCAACAAGCUAUACAAACCUCACUGGUUUGUUUCUAUCACUCGGCAAAUAUGCAAAGGCUGACGACUAUUUAAAGAAGGCAAUGGCAGUUAGAAAGGGUAUCGAUGAUAGAAGUGGAGAAGCAUCAGUUUACAGUCACCUUGGUAGAAUUUGUUGUAAGCGUGGUGAAUAUGACAAGGCUCAAGAAUAUUACGAGAAAGCCCUUACAAUUGUCAUGGAAAUCGGUGAGAGAGAAGGAGUAGUAGUCCACUACAACAAUUUAGCAUUAUGUUUCCAAUCGCUAAUUAAAUAUGACGUGGCCGAAGAAUACCUUAAGAAGGCUCUUCUUUUAAGUAGGAAUAUUGGACACAACCUGUACGAGUUUUACUGCCUUUGCAAUCUAUCGAUGUUAAAGGUGUCACAAUGUCAUCUUGGAGAGGCUUGUUCGUAUCUUUUUCAAGGCAUCCAAAAGUUCGACACUUUGAGAGGUUUUCUUAAAGAAAACGAUCAGUUUCAAAUAGCUCUUUUAGAACAGCACGGCACCUUUUCCUACAAGUUGUUCAGUAGGUUGCUGUCUUCCUCUGGAAAACCUCAGGACGCCCUUUACGUCGAAGAGCUGAGAAGGGCGAGAGGCCUGGCCGACUUGAUGGCAGCUCGAUACUCUCUUCAAGAGCAGAUCUCAAGCGAUCCACAAUCUUGGUGUGGCAUUCAAAGGAUCAUCACAAAAGAAGCAGACUGUGCAUGCCUGUACAUUUCGGUUGGUGAAGAUGAGAUACGGUUUUGGAUAAUUACAGCAACGGGAGCUAUUCAUUUUUUAGAAAAGAAAGUGAGCCUGGACAAAAACAAGGUUACCGGAAUAGUCCCUGAGUUAGAUGAGUUUUUUAAAGAAGCCUUCCGCAGCCACGUCAUUUUACCCGAACAGAAUUGCGAAGAUCGAUCUUUAGAUGACACCGAACUGAUGUCACUUCACUAUGAUAACCGCUCAGUGCCUGGUGACCAUGAUACCGAAGAUUUCAAAACAAGCCUUGAAUUGUGUUACAAGAUAAUCAUUGCUCCUGUGGCCAGUUUACUAAAGCAGCCCGAGAUCAUAAUUGUCCCUGAUUCCUGUUUGUACCAGGUGCCAUUUGCAGCCUUGGCUGACGAAGGAGGCAAGUAUUUAUCAGAGACAUGCAGGAUUCGGAUAAUUCCCUCCCUGACGACUCUCAAACUUGUUCAAGACAGUCCUCCAGACUAUCACAGUCAGACCGGGGCACUGAUAGUGGGUGACCCAGUGGUUGGAACGGUGAUUUACAUGGGAAGGUGCAGAAAUAUGACACCAUUGCCGCAUGCAAGAAAGGAAGCAGAGAUGAUUGGAGGACUUCUUGGCAUAAGGCCUUUGAUAGGAGAUUCCGCAACAAAACAUUCUGUACUCCUAGCGAUAAGUUCAGUGAGCCUGAUACACAUUGCUGCCCAUGGUGAUGCCGAAAGAGGGGAAAUUGCUCUUUCUCCUAUGCACCCUACCCUACUCCCACCUUUCCCUCGAGAAGAAGAUUAUCUUUUGACGAUGGCCGAUAUUUCAAAAACUCAGUUGCGAGCUAAACUAGUGGUGCUUAGUUGUUGUCACAGUGCUCGUGGACAGAUUAGAACCGAGGGAGUUAUUGGACUUGCUCGAGCGUUCUUAGGAUCGGGAGCUCGUUCAGUGUUAGCGGCACGAUGGGCCCUGGAUGACAGAGCCACAGAGAAGUUCAUGACUUGUUUCUACAAACAUUUGUUCCGCGGUGAAAGCGCCAGUGAAUCUCUCCACAAGGCCAGGAAGUGGAUGAGAAAUAACGGCUUUGAUAAAGUUUCUCAAUGGGCGCCAUUUAUGAUCAUGGGCGACAACGUGACAUUUGAGUUUGGAAAUUGGCCGGUGCCUAGCGCACCUUAA